GCUCAAUAUCUUAUGCGAGGGUGCAGGAUUUUAUAGUGAAGAUUUUUGUUUGAACAACCGCAAUACAAAAGGUCUCCACAAGAUGAUUAGCUGGGCUAUGAUGUGUUGGAUAUGUGUCGGCUUUGCUGCAUCAAUGGAAGGUUUGUCUAACACAGAGGACUGGGCUUACCAGUGGUACUCGGAUGAAUCCUUCCGGUUUCAGUGUUAUAUUUCAGGUCUUAAUGUCAGUCAAACGGACUAUGUAACCUGGCAAACACCGGAUCAAAAGACUCUACCAAAGUCCCACAACGACACAGUGUACGGAUUAAUUAGCAAAGACAAUGUAGCCGACUUUGAACUUUUGAUAAAAAAGAUCAACCCGAAUGUACAUGGGGUGUACAUUUGUAAAGUCCAUGAUGACCAGGGAGUUGUUAGGGGCCACACGAUAUACGGACUGAAUAUCCAUGAAGCAAAAUAUCACGAAAUACUGGACAAAUACAAACGCCAAAUCAACGUGGCUAUCAUAGCAACAGCGGUAUUUCUCGUUCCGGUAAUAACCAUUUGUCUCGUCUGGCACUUCCAGUAUGUUACACCGGAAAUGGAAGCAAAACGCCGACAAAGAAAGACAGGGAAACCAUAUUCAGUAAGUAACGACAUGCAAAUGGCAACGAAUGGACAACUUGCAGACUCCAUGGCAUCACCGGAAUGGAAAGGCGCGUACGAAAAUCCGGAGGUCUUUACACAGCUGUAGUUAAAUAAACAGUAGUUUGAAAAAAUACAGUCAUAAACUUUCAUGGACACUUUGGUAGAAGUGUCCACAGUUACAGUAAAAUUAAACAGAUGUACGUUAUUUCGACACAUGUUGGGUAUAACUUAAACUUGGUAGAAUAGUUAAAUAUAUAAGAUUUAACUGACUUUGAAAUGUGUGCUGUUCGUAUUAAUUACGGUGUGAAGUUGAAUAUACUGUUAAAAGCAGAAUGAUACACCAUCGGAUGAAGAUUAGAAGAAAUUUGAUAUUGUAAUACCAAGAAAACCACAGAAACAUAUGCUUUUACUCACUUAAACUUUCAAAACCAUGUUUUUUUCUAUAUAUGCACAUGUACCUGUAUAUAUACUAAUUGACAUUUCAAACACCACUUCGAUAUUCUUGGCAAUACCUUUAACAAUACAAACAGUGGAUUUAUGAAAUUUCUCCGAAAUUUAGACAAACAUUUAGUGGACCAUAAGAUAAUUUCAACUAGAUUAAAAUACUUCGUUUAGUUCGCAAAUAUAUAACAUUAAUAGGCUAAUGUUCCCUGGCAUAUAGUCAAAUAUCAGUUUAGAUAUAAAUUUGUUUCCAAGGUAUGAAAGAAAAACAAUUUUAAGAUGUUAUUUUUGUUUUCGUCACGAUUUACCUUCCUCAUAACUAAAUUCGCUCGUUUGUAAAUUCUAGAUACAAAAACGUAUUUAUUGGUAUUUUUGUGGCUUUUAAACACUGAGGUGAAGUUGUGAAUUACAUAAGAUAAUAUAAUAGCAUUAAUCAAUUUUGUUGAAAUUUUUGUAUGCCAUUAACAACAUAUCUUUUAAAGUUAAUGGGGUAUUUUAUACAUGUACGUUUAGUUUCAUUUGAAAGCUAUUAACAAAAGUUUUGAGGGGACUUUAGAAAUUUCGUUAAUUCCAAGUUAUAUUGAAAGUACGCACUGACGCAAUCUAUCGAGUUGAUGUGUUUGUGUUUUCAACUGGUAUGCAUUUUUUCCAGUCCCCGGGCAGUACAGAGCUGAAUCUUUGAUGAACACAAUUGUCAUGAAUUGGAAAUUGAAAGAUCUUACAAAACUGUCCAAUUUUUCAUAUGGGUUAUUUCAUUUGUCAGAUUAAGCCAUUUGUUUUUGUUCCUAAUGCAAUAUAUACAACAAUAAAAGUACAUUAAAAAUGUGA